AUGCCUGAAAUUGAAGGUUCUCCGGGCACCUCGAUGCAUGGAGUCACCGGCCGGGAACCAGUGCUGGCCUUCUCUGUUGCCUCUCCGAUGGUGCCCACUGAUACCACGGCGAAAUUUGACCUCCCCGUGGACUCUGAACAUAAAGCAAAAGUCUUUAAGCUCUUCUCAUUUGCAAACCCUCACAUGAGAACCUUCCAUCUCUCGUGGAUCUCUUUCUUCACCACUUUUGUCUCUACCUUUGCGGCGGCGCCACUCGUUCCCAUCAUCCGGGACAACCUCGAUCUCACAAAAGCUGACAUCGGGAACGCCGGUGUUGCCUCCGUUUCCGGUAGUAUCUUCUCGAGGCUAGUUAUGGGUGCGGUAUGUGACUUAUUGGGACCUCGUUACGGCUGCGCUUUCCUCAUCAUGAUGUCAGCGCCUACCGUCUUCUGCAUGUCUUUCGUCAGCGACGCUAGUGGCUACAUAGCCGUCAGAUUCAUGAUCGGAUUUUCUUUGGCUACGUUCGUGUCGUGCCAAUAUUGGAUGAGUACCAUGUUUAACAGCAAGAUCAUCGGGCUGGUGAACGGAACGGCCGCUGGGUGGGGGAACAUGGGUGGUGGAGCCACGCAACUCCUGAUGCCGGUGUUGUUUGAGAUCAUCAAGAAGGCCGGGGCAACGCCGUUCACGGCUUGGAGGAUCGCGUUUUUCAUACCAGGGUGGCUUAACGUAAUCAUGGGGAUAUUUGUGUUGACUCUUGGUCAAGAUUUGCCUGAUGGUAAUCUCGGUGCUCUACAGAAGAAGGGUGAUGUUGCCAAAGAUAAAUUCGGCAAGGUAUUGUGGUAUGCUGUGAGAAACUAUCGAACAUGGAUCUUUGUACUUCUCUACGGUUAUUCCAUGGGUGUCGAGUUGACCAUUGAUAAUGUGAUCGCAGAAUACUUCUAUGACAGAUUUGAUCUAAAGCUUCACCUUGCCGGAAUCAUUGCUGCCUGCUUCGGAAUGGCAAAUCUUCUAGCUCGUCCAUUUGGAGGGUUCACAUCGGAUUACAUGGCCAAACGAUUUGGAAUGAGAGGUCGACUCUGGAACCUAUGGCUACUCCAAACAGCUGGCGGUGUUUGCUGUGUCUUCCUAGGCCUAGUAAACUCGCUACCAUUAGCCAUCACCUUUAUGAUGCUCUUCUCCAUCGGUGCACAGGCAGCAUGCGGAGCCACCUUCGGCAUCGUUCCCUUCAUUUCCCGGCGGUCAAUGGGUAUCAUCUCUGGUAUGACCGGUGCCGGAGGGAACUUUGGAUCAGGGCUAACCCAAUUAAUAUUCUUUGCGUCUGCCUCAUUCUCGACUGCCAAAGGGUUGUCUUAUAUGGGUAUCAUGAUCAUACUUUGUACACUUCCUGUAAGUUUUGUUCACUUCCCACAAUGGGGAAGUAUGUUUUUUCCGGCCAGUCAAGACAUCGUCAAAGGUAGUGAAGAGAAUUAUUAUAUUGCUGAAUGGACGGAGGAGGAGAAACAGAAAGGGAUGCACCAAGCAAGUCUUAAGUUUGCUGAGAACAGUCGAUCAGAACGUGGAGGGAAAGUGGCAUCGGCUCCAACACCACCCAACGCCACCCCCAAUUAUGUUUGA